AUGAAUUUUCUCCCGGCUGUCUUAUGCUAUAUCAGUUUCUGCUUCGGCCUCUUCCUCUUGUACACCUUCCGGAAUUCGGCUUUCUGCCGACCUAUUUUGUGCCUGUUCAGCCGAUCUUAUCAGCUUCUCUGUUUAUUUGUCCCCCCGCGCCUCCGAACCGUCUGUAGUGGCGUGGUCCGCUGGUACUUCUACGAAAAGUAAGUUUGGCCCAAUGCAACCGUCUAUGUCUACUGAAUGAAUUUCAGUAGGUGAUUAUGUUGUCUAUUUUCGCUCCUCGUUUGCUCCUAGACACUGCCUCUUCCAGCUCACGUACGUGCUGCUUGUUCUCAUCGCGCAUCUGGUACUCGUCCGUGAUGUUCUGCCGCUUCUUUACACCUACGCCUGGACGGAGAACCAUAUUUCGGUGGGAUUAAUGUGCCUUUUCGCUAACAUUGGAAUGUACCUCGCCGUUUGCCUUAAAGACCCUGGUGUGUUUAUUAGAGCUUUUGUUUACACGUUAUUUUUGUUCAAUGCUGUCGAGUUUUGGCCCAUUAUUGAUCUCUACUUGGUUAAAUGUAUGGUGCGACAUUACCACCCAUCUGAUUCUCGCUGACCUUUCCUUCAAUUUUGUGUGUACCAUGACUUGUUGCUUCAGAGCACUAUCCUAAUAGUUGAAUUGCGGAACGGGGCGUAAGUACUUCCUUGCCUAGGAAGGCCGACAACUAGCACCAUUUGUAUGGGUCUCUUGUCUAGAUCCAGUAAGACGUUGACUUUUGACGUACAUUUGUUCCUUACAGGAGUCGUGACCAGCAGUCGUGCCGCCUCCUAUUCAUCCGCCUACGAGUACGAUAAUGUCAUCUACAGACCGGUUCUCUGUCCCGAAUGUGCCUUUGUGAGACCUCCGCGCACCAAGCAUUGUUGUAAGUUCGCUCUUUUUGUGUGCCCGAAAGUGACAGUUACCAUCUAUGGCUGUCACGACUCUUGGGGCUUUUUUAAACUUCUUUUUUCAUGUUUCGCAUUUCGACCAGCACAAAUGGCCCUUUAUCUGACAUCCUAGUCCCUUGUAUAAACCGUAAAUGUUAUCGAAGAUUUGCGCAAUUAUGGUACAGGUACUUGUACUUGAUACGGCUGCGAUCAUGGCUGAUCUAGCCGACCUCGAUGAUGUCCCGAACUGUACCUCUCCACGCAUGACGGUCCGCGGCAGCAGAUCUGGAUAUCUUUGCCAACGACGUAGACCGAAUACCGAAGGUCCAAGAACCACCUCCAUGUCUUGGCGAACUGCGCCGAGCCAGGUUUUGAACUAACCCCCUCUUCGACGCCUCCAAUGGGGCAGCGGUGCCGGAUCGAGGGCAGUUACAUUGAGCUCCUGAGGUGGACGACGAAGAACAUGCCCGAACCACCUCAGUCGUCUUUCUUGGAUGACCUGAGUUAUCCUUGCGAUGUUGUCGCAGCGAGUGCAUACUGUCUCAUUUGAGACGAAGUCGGUGAAAUUCACUCGUAGGAUGGUCCUCAAGCAGUGGUGGUCAAAUACCUCCAGUUUUCACCCCGAAUGUUGGCUGGCAACGCCCAUCGGACUCCGUGGUAGCUCCCGUUUUCGUCCAGUGUAUCCUCCACGUGGCCAGUUUUAGGAGUAAUUAUUAAUUCACGUCAACAUUAGCUCGGCGGACAGGACCGGAGUUGGCUGCGCGUCGGGACUUUGACCAGCACCUACUUUCUGUACAGAAUACACUACUUUUAAGUCAAUUUAUUAAGGGAAUGAGGCUUUCGCCCUUCAGCUCCCCAUUCAUUUCGAAAACAGAAAUAAAAUCAUCAAUUACAUCAGCAAAUGCGGAAAUUCAAAAGUUAGCGGUAAGUGUGAGCCAGGCGCAAACUGCCGCCGCUAAAACAAUCGUGAUUAUAUGUACAGUAGUUUCUCAGCAAAUGAGUAUCUAGUCCAAACUUAGAGGAUUUGGCAGUUUCGGAAAGAACCACCGUACCAGGGAGUCCAUUUCCUGAUCCAAUGACCCUCUGCGAGAGACCGUUCCGUCGGGCGUCCGAAUGAGCCAGCUUCCUCUGCAGUUUGAAGGGAUGACAACGCGGGCGGUCAGUCCCGGCCAAUUCGAAGAAUUCAUAAAAGUCUAGGGCGCACUCAUGACCUCUGACAAUCCUGUAGGUUUGAAUGAGAUCGCCGCGCAGUUGCCUGUAAUUUAGAAGAAACAGAUUAAGUUCGGUCAGCCUGGUUUCAUAGGGCAGAUGAUUAAGAUUCUUGACCAUCUUCGUAGCCAUCGCCUGUACUCAUUCCAGUCGUCGAUAGUCUUUCUUCAACCACGGUCGCCCGGCCUGGACUGCAUACUCUAAGUGAGACCGGACGAAAGCCCCAUAGGUGUUCCCGAACAGCUCUUUAUCGAUCUGUACAAAUCCUCGCCUCAGCGCAAAUAACACCCUUAUUACACUUUUGGCUGCCCUUUGACACCGUGAUGAUGAUUUCAGCGCGGAGGUCAUUAGGACGCCGAGGUCUUUCUGUUCCACAACAUUUGAAAGGGGCUGCCCACCCAGGACGUAUUGAAAGGAAUCGUCCUCCUUACUGGUCCUCCUGGUGCGGAGUCUCAGGAGGACCAGUAAGGAGGACGAUUCCUUUCAAUACGUCCUGGGUGGGCAGCCCCUUUCAAAUGUUGUGGAACAGAAAAACCUCGGCGUCCUAAUGACCUCCGCGCUGAAAUCAUCAUCACGGUGUCAAAGGGCAGCCAAAAGUGUAAUAAGGGUGUCAUUUGCGUUGAAGCGGGGAUUUGUGCAGAUCGAUAAAGAGCUAUUCAGGAAAACCUAUGGGGCUUUCGUCCGGUCUCACUUAGAGUAUGCAGUCCAGGCCGGGCGACCGUGGUUGAAGAAAGACUAUCGACGACUGGAAUGAGUACAGUCGUUAAUGUAAACCAAUGCUACUAAUGUUUUUCUUCUUUUCCUCUAAAACGGAAAUGAGUCGGGAUUAUUGUGGUGCUCAGUGUACAUCUAUGACUUAGUCGUUACAAAUUCGUUUAUUUCGCAGUUAGUCUUCACCGAAAACUGUCCCAUUACCUAUGAACGUAUCCAAAAACCGGGUGGUGGCACGGGUCGAUUACGUUGUCCUGGUCCCAAGUGUAAGCACAGUGUGGAUGCAUUGAAAGAAAAGUAAGCCGAAGGGGGAUGCUAAAAUCGUUAUUGGGAAGGGUAGCCGAGACUGGAACGGAAAAGGCAACCUGAUGUAUGGCAAAUCUGCCGCGAGAUUGAAGGAAGUCUUGAGUCUCCGCAAAAGACCUGACUGACAGGACACGCGGGGCAGUAAUACCCCAAUCUCGAAAGUAAACCUUAUCCUUAACGCAAUUAUAAACUUGACGCUUACCCUAAACUUAACAUUAAACCUAGCCAUAAACCUUCCACAAGCCCUAAGCCUUACCUUAACCCUGACCCAAAUCCUAAACUUAAUCUUAACCGUGGCCCUACCCUAACAAUAACCCUAACCCCAACCUUAACAUUAAACCUAAGCAUAGUCCGCAAUCUAAACCCGAAUCCUAACCGGAACCCUUAAACGUAACACAAACCCUAACCCUAAACGCAAUUCUCAACUUGACACUAACCUAAAUCCCAAAACUAACUCCACUUCUAGACCGGAACUUCGGGUUCUCCUUUUGCCCUUUCGCUUUGGCUAACGAUUUCAGCAUCCUCCUUCGGCUUACAUUCCUUCCAAUAUCCACGUUGCGCUUACACUCGGUACCAGGACAGCGUAACCGACCCCUACCCUGGCUGUCGCAAAGCUAACUGGUAGACAUCGACUAGCAAAAACCUCUUUCAGAAGUUGGAUCGAUUUGCAGGUUUAUUCUUGUGUUUUUUAAAAGCAUGACGAGGUCCCCAACCUUAUACGUUUCAUCUUUCUGCCUAGAUGUGUAUGUUUGUAGUCGUUUUUCAAACCUCUGUUCCCGCUUAGAUCGUUGUGACCACUGUGUGCAUCGGUUUGAUCACCACUGUGUCUGGACGAAUUCCUGUAUCGGUUCGGGCAACCAUGUGACCUUUCUCAGCUAUCUCCUCUCCCUCCUUGCCAUGACCUUCAAUGCAAGCUACCUCUGCGUCCGGGCGAUUCGCUUACAUGUUCUGGUUGGUCGAAAUCCCCAGCUUACUCCGUUACUGGUGUUGACGAGGCCCUUUUUUAUCCGACCCAGUUGUAAAAAAGCUGGUCGUCUCCGUGCAAUUUGA